CGGGGGCAGACGCGCGGUGCGCUCCCGCGGGCAGCAUGCGGCCCCUGCUCUGCGCGCUGGCCGGCCUGGCCCUGCUGCGCGCCGCGGCUGCCGAACCCUUUGUGCCCUCCCAUGGAGACCCAGCCUGGAACACAGGGUGUGACAGACACAUGGCUGUCCACGACCGGUUAGACGUCAUAGAGGAGACGGUGGAGAAGACGGUGGAGCAUCUGGAGGCCGAAGUGAAAGGCUUGCUGGGUCAGCUGGAGGAGCUGGCCUGGAACCUGCCCCCGGGGCCCUUCAGCCCCACGCCCGACCUCCUCGGAGACGAUCACUUUGGAGCACUGGAGCCAGAGCCACCCAGCAGCUGGAAGUGACACCUUGUGGAACAGCCAUCCUCUGAGAGCAGAACCCUGCAUCCUGGCCUGCCUUCCUCAACUUUGUGCAAAAUUAGAGCUACUCCCUUGGUCCCCGCUGCAUCCGCUGCCCGUGACCCCUAUAGCCACAGCCCCUUCUUCAUCCAGUCCCACCCUUGAGGCUACAGCCUCCUGCAGGUGCAGACCUGCAGACCCUCGGGGGGGGGGGUGUGCUUCUGCCCUCCUCAUUUAUAGGGGCACACAGGGUGGAGUUGGUUCACAGGUGAGGCAGCUGAGGCCCGGGAUGGUAUGGUGACAGGUGCACACGCCCUCAGAGUAGCCUCCCCACUCAAAAUGUGGCCACUGAUGAGCAGCAGUGGCAUGACCUGGGAGCCCGUCAGAAAUGCAGAAUUGUGGGGCCCAACCCAGACCUCCUGAUCAGGAUCCACGGUCCAGUGAGAUUCCCCAGGGCAUAGAUGUGCAAAUUUGUGUGCAAUUUUUUACAGUUCCCUACUGAGGUAUAAUUCACACAACAUAAAUUUCAAAAUGUUUAACCAUUUAAAACCACAUAAAGUCAGUGGCUUCACAUAGUUGUACGCUGAUUCCAGAACAUUUUCAUCAUCCCCCAAAGAAACCCCGUACCUAUAAGCAGUCACUUCCCAUUCCUCCUCCCACCAUCCCUCAGAUAUGCUUGUCUCUAUGGACUUGCCUAUUCUGGACAUUUCAUAUAAAUGGAAUCAUACAGUA